AUGGCUAGUGCUAGUUUAUCAACGGAUGUCUCUCACAGUAAAUCUGACGAGAUGCAUCUUGAAAUUUUCUGUCUACUCUGUCUCGAUGCUAGUUCAACUACUAAAGAAGGUCGUGAUACUGAACCAAAAUUACGUUCUAUCAUUAAUCAUCUCAAGAAAUUUCAUGAUACAGAACAAUGUCAAAAAUAUAUUCAUGAACGAUCAACAAAAGAACGAGUAGUUAUGAUUGUUAGUGGAAGCUUAGGAAGAGAAAUAGUUCCUUCUAUUCAUCAUCUUAGACAAGUUAUAUCGAUUUAUGUAUAUUGUAUGGAUAAGGAAGGUAACGAAAAAUGGGCUCGAAACUACAAAAAAAUAAAAGCUGUUGUAACUGAUCUUGAUGAACUUGUUUCUCGAAUUAAAGCUGAUCAUAAAAUUCAAAAGAUGGUUGAAGAACCAUUAUCAAUUAAUAUUUUUACUAAAAGUGGUGGUGCAGGUAGUUCGACAACAGGAUUAAAUGGUGAAUUUGUUUUCUCACAAAUUCUCAUUGAUUUUCUUAUCCAACUGCAAUAUACUGAAGAUGAUAAAAAAGAACUUGUUGAUCUUUGUAAAAAACAAUAUCAAGGUAAUAAUGAUGAAUUGAAUAAUAUUCAUGAAUUUCGUGAAAGAUAUUCAUCUGACGAAGUUUUAUGGUGGUAUACACGAGAAUCGUUCUUUUACAAGACUCUUAAUGCUGCUCUUCGUACCCCAGCAGAUAUUCAUACAAUAUUUCUAUUUCGUAAAUAUAUCGCUGAUAUUCAAUAUCAAUUAAAGAGUCAUCAAGCUAAAAAACGUCUUCGAGUUUAUCGAUGUCAAAUGAUAUCAAACAAUGAACUGGAAACUUUGAAACAGAAUUGUGGUAAAUUUAUUUCCAUCAAUUCAUUUCUCUCUACUAGUUUUAAUGAACAACAAGCUCUAGCAUUUCUUAACGAUUCUGAUGGUACAGAAAAUUUAGAAGCAAUAUUAUUUCAAAUUGAUGCUGAUCCUAAGAUGGCAAUUACAAAACCAUUUGCUGAUAUCACUGAAUUUAGUGAACUCAAAGGUGAAGCUGAAGUUCUUUUUAUGCUUGGUUCCAUUUUUCGAUUGGAUAGUGUCAAGCACAGGAAAAAUGAUAAAGUAUGGAUCAUCGAAAUGACAUUGUGCAAUGAUGAAGAACAUGACUUGAAACAAGUUCUCAUAGAUAUGAAAGAGCAAUUUAUGAGUAAAGGAAUUAAUCUUCAAACAUUAACAAAAAUAUUACGAGGAAUGAGCCAAAUUAAUCUGGCUAGAAAAUACUUCAUCCGUUUGUUAGAACAACUACAACUCAAUGACCCUUUACGGAUUGAUUUGUAUCAAGAUCUAGGCGAACUUGAAUCACACGCCGGUGACCUGGACAAGAAACAGCCUCCACUCAACGAUCCUUCACGAACUGAUUUGUAUCAAGAUCUGAGCAAACUUGAAGCACAUGCUGGUCACAUGGACAAUAGUACAGAACGGCAUCAAAAAGCAACUGAAAUGAAAAACCAGCGUCAAUCUACUUCUUCCUCCAGCAUUAGUAAACCAAAGAAUCCGUUUAAACCAAAAUCCAACAAAUGGAAACAAAAUGCCAUCACCGUGGCUGCUGGAAAUGGACAAGGACAACAAUUAAAUCAACUCUAUUUUCCUUACGGAAUCUUUAUUGAUAAAAACAAAAAUAUUUUCAUUGCUGAUUUUAGUAAUCAUCGUAUUGUUGAAUGGAAAUGUAAUGCAAAGGAAGGACAAAUCAUUGCAGGUAGAAAUGGAGAAGGAAAUCGAAUGGAUCAGUUGAGUUAUCCAACAGAUGUGAUUGUUGAUCAACAAAAUCACUCGAUCAUCAUUGUUGAUGGUGCGAAUAAACGAGUGAUUCAAUGGUUGAAUCAAAAGCAACAAAUUCUCAUUGACAAUAUUGACUGUUGGGGCUUGGCAAUGGAUAAAGAUGGAUUUCUUUAUGUUUCUGAUCGUGAGAGGAAUGAAGUGAAACGAUGGAAAAUGGGAGAAAACAAUGAAGGAAUUAUAGUGGCAGGUGGAAAUGAACAAGGAAAUAAACUCAAUCAACUCAGUUUUCCUACUUUUAUCUUUGUUGAUGAAGAUCAAUCUGUUUAUGUAUCAGAAUGGAACAAUCAUCGUGUGAUGAAAUGGAGCAAAGAUGCAAAAAAAGGAACAGUUGUGGCUGGAGGAAAUGGUCAAGGAGAAAAUCUCAAUCAAUUGUCUAAUCCUGCAGGAGUAAUUGUUGAUCAUUUGGGUCGAAUCUAUGUGGCAGAUUUUGGGAAUCAUCGAGUAAUUCGUUGGUGUGAAGGAAAAGAAGAAGGUGAAAUUGUUGUUAGUGGAAAUGGUCAAGGAAAUCAAUUGAAUGGUCCCUGUGGUUUGUCUUUCGAUGAUGAAGGAAACCUUUAUGUUGCUGAUUAUUCAAAUCAUCGAGUCGAAAAAUUUGAAAUAAUUUUGUCCAUGAAAUUUUGA